CGCUCUCUUUGCCUACGACUUCUUCGCCAAGCCGCUGCCCGCCGGCUACUACACCUUGGUGGUGAGCGCACAGAAGAGCGGCGGCUCGCCCUUCCAGACGGAGCUCAAGGUGAACAUCCUCACCAGUGUGGACAUUGUCAAUGCCGAGCUUAUCAUCUCCGACGUGGACGUCGGCAGCAAGACGACCAAGCUGAACUACCCCUCAACUCACACCGGCACACUCGAGGUGGACAACUCGCAGCGCAUUCAGCUGCGCUUUCAGCUGAAGGACCGCGCCACCGGCGAGCCGCUCACCGUCCACCAGGCCUUUGUCCGCUUCGCCGCCACCUCCACCCGCCAGGAGAUCGUCUUCAUCGCCGAGCAGGACUCCACCGGCGCCAGCUACAAGGUGGACCUGGCGCUGGGCGUCCGCUCCAAGGACUUCAACUACCUCUCCGGACAGUACGCCGUCAGUCUGAUCAUCGGCGACGCGCUGGUCGCCAACUCGGUCAACUGGAAGCUGGCCACCGUGGCCAUCACCUUCAACAAUGGCGUCGCCCAGAAGGAGGCCUCCUCCGCCGCCUCGGAGUACGUCGCCAAGCCCGAGAUCAAGCACAUCUUCCGCGAGCAGGAGAAGCGCCCGCACCCGCUGGUGUCCAACUUCUUCACCGGUCUCGUCAUGCUGCCCUUCUUCGCCCUCUUUGUCAUG